AUGGCCCCUCCAUCUAUCACUGCUUUCCUCAAGAACCUUCCUCCAGUUGAAGAUGUAGCGGAUCUCAGCGAUUCCGAAGAGCUCCCACCUGUGUGUCCAAGUCGUAAAACCUUUACGAUUGCACCAAUGAGGAACCAUCCCAUCCUCAAACACUUGUUUGAAGAAUCGGAUAGACUGGAGGACUCUCGAGAUUCUCAGCUGGAAGACGCUCAUGUUGAAAAUUCAUCUCAACAUUCAUUACCUUCCGACUAUGAAUUUCGAGACUUUCAUCACCCGGAUGAGAACCUCAGCGAACAUGAGGAUGGUGCAGGCGCUGAGACUGGGGAUGGGAAAGCGGAUGCCGGAUAUUCGUCUUGGGAUGAAACACCGGACAACAAUCAGGAGGAGCUAACCGAGGGCAUAAGUCGGCCAAAACCUACUUCUCAAUCGCCGGCCAUAGCUGGACCCUCGGUUGAAAGACCCACACCACCUGUUGAUGCGAGCCUACUCAAGAAGAUCUUGUCACCUCGUCCGACUGAAUCCCUUCGUUAUGGUCAACCUUUCAACUCUCAAGUCUCACGGAGAGCGAAACGACCACUAACGGAGGUGUCUGGUCAGAAUACCAAGAGGGCGAAGACAAAAUUGACUCGUGAGGAUUAG